GUGGUGUGAAACAAAACAAUAACACUGCCCUUUGGACAUUGAACUGCCAGUUAAUGGACAAUGUACCAAGGUACAAAGUACAUGGGGGAGGAGCUAAGAACAAAGGAGCACACUGACAUGUGACGACCUGAUUUGAUCAGCUCACUGGUAUUGUUUGGGGUUGCAGGUAGCAAAGUUUGUUUUGUAUAGUCUGGAAAUUACACAAAUUUCAAGCGCAGGUAACUUGUUGCAAGUAAAGAAAGCACUUGGAGUGGUACCAUGUUGUCAUUAGCAGCAGUUUUGAUCUUCCUCUCUGCAUCGCUAGCAGAACAACAACCUGAUGUCUUUACCAUUUGCGGGAAGCUGUCAUCAUCCCAAUGUCGAGUGCUUAAAAGGCGGUUUGUCUCCAGCACACCUGUCGCCGUCAAGUAUUAUCUCCACACGCGUCAAAACAAAGAAACUCCGAUAGUUCUGGAGGGCAAAAAUCCCGACCUGAGUGGCACCCCCUUCCGCAGUAACCGCCCAACCAAGUUUAUCAUCCAUGGGUUCAACAGUCAGGGUGAUGUUCAGUGGAUUGUGGACAUUGCCAAUGAACUGCUGAUAGCGGAGGAUCUGAACGUAUUUGGAGUGGACUGGCAGAAAGGAGCUAGCCCGUUAGGUGGAAUCAAUUAUUUCAAGGCAAAGAAGAACUGCCGGAAGGUUGGGCAGACUGUUGGAAACUUUGUGCGCCAGCUGGGACAACCCGGAAGUAUGAUCCACAUCAUCGGUCAUAGCCUCGGAGCUCAUGCUGCGGGGUUUGCUGGGAAGACUACACAGUCGGCAGGAUUCACGAUUGCACGAAUCUCCGGCUUAGACCCAGCAGGGCCCCUUUUCAAGAUCUCUCGCCCCACGAAGAGGUUGGACAAGGGUGACGCCACAUUUGUUGACGUCAUCCACACAGAUGCUCACUGGUAUGGGAAACGAAAGCCACUCGGACAUGUUGACUUCUACCCAAACGAAGGAUGGAACCAACCUGGGUGUGGAGACUUCCCUGUAGAUCAACUAACCGCCUGCAGCCAUGGUCGGGCUUACGAAUUCUACAAUGAGUCCAUCAACUCAGCUUGCCAGUUCCUGGCUUACCGCUGUCCGGACUGGUACACUUUCAUCGUAAACCGGGAGCAAUGUGACUAUUGUGACCAUAGCGGUCUAAAUGGUGCCUGCUCAGUAAUGGGGUAUCAUUCCAUCAACUAUCCAGAUUCACAAGGCAGCAUGUACCUGGUGACAAAGCACCUCCCUCCCCCCCACUGUGUGUCAGAGACCAGUAGACAACAGAGCACUACGCAGUGCUUGCAGUCCCUGGGGCCAGACAUGCGGCAGCAGAUAUGGGACCAUGUGGACUCCAUCGCCGACAUGAAGGAGAUGGGGAAUUUGGAAGAUUUCUGCAGUUUGUAUUCGGAAAUGGGGACUGUUGUGCUCAACAUCACAGCACCGAUGCCCAACUGCGGGCUAGAGGAUAUCCCUGUUAUCCUGGAGUACAUAGGAGAUGGCAAGUAUGACUCUGUGGUGGCCUGGGCGGAGGACGAUUGCACCGGUAGUAGUAAUGGCGCCUUCACCCUCCCUUCGGCAAUGUUGCUCAUUGCACUGCAGCUCAUUGUUGCUGUGUUGGGCAAUGCGUAAAAAUAGAUCUCCCUUGACCAGCUGUAAACCCUUCCGUCAAAACAUGCUUCUUUUAUAUCAUAAGUGGCCAAUUCUAAAAUUUUGUUUUAACAUUAGCCAAAGUACUUGAGAUUAAUGUGCUGUCUGCGACUUUAAUUGUAAAGCUGGCGUCACGGCUUCAAAUAUCAGACUUAUCAACCAAGAAUUAAGGUGUUCAAAAACUCGUAUUUUCCAAGUACUAUUGUAGAGUGGAACUCGUUGCCACCAAGCACAGUUCAGGGGCAUUUGUCACUAGAAAGCUGUAACAACUCCUGCAAUAUUAAAUGUGCAAAGAUUGAGUGUAAGAAGUCGUUCGGUAUGAUAUA